ACGAGUCAGUCCAACGACGACUUGACCGAAAACUUCGUCGCGAAGAACGCCGGCAACUUCGCGAGCAGAAACGCCAAGAACUCGAACGAGAACUCGCGGAACAAGCAGAAGAGAGAAGACGCGAAAGACAAGCGACUUUAGAAAAGUUUGAAGAAGGCGAUAAGAAAGACGAGGCUGAAUAUCAAGAGUGGGUUGAAAAAAUUAAUACGUUGCAGGAGGAAGGGGAUAAAGAACGAGAAAGGAUAGAACAGGAGUUGCAAGAGGAAAUAAAUAAGACAAGAGAAGAGCGUGAAGAAAGGCAACGAAGCACUGAAAAACGAACUUUUACUCCUCCACAAGACUCAAACUUAUUUCCAAAAAUUUCGAUGGUUGACUUAUCACAAGUCCAAUUACGAUCUUCACGCCGUAGUGCUCAAAAACCUAAUGUGACGUCGCCGUCUCAUGAUCCAACAGUUACCGAAGACCUGGCAGUGUCUUCUAAAAAUCCUCCACAGAAUUCGUCUUCAAUAGAAGAAUCAGAACAACAGAAAACAAACACAGAGAAUGUCAAAGAAGAGGAAGAGAUUUUAAAUACAAGCAAUGAGAGUAACAAUAAUAACAAUGAUAAAGAUGUUCCUGAAAACUCUAAAAAGCUUGCGUCCAUCAUAACAAGCGGGGUCAAAUUGACCGAAUAUUCAGAAGAGACACCGUUAACAGCUGAACCACAAGAAAUAGAAGUUGUCUUAACAUGGGAGAGUAAGAAGAAUGCCAAUCAAACGCCUACUCCAACAAAUGUAAAUGACGAUCUUUUGAUUGUUAAGGAAGCGAGAAAAGAUACUAUAGAUGCUUUUAAUACAGAUACUGCAGAAAAAGAAGAUAAAAAAGUUGAAUCUCAGGCACAAUCAAAAAUUGUCGAAGAAUCGGAAAUUAAACUUUCAGAUGAGUCUGAAGGAAUAGAAAAGGUUACAGGAAAAUUACCGCCUAAAGUGCCCAUUUCUCCAACAGCUACAUCAACGACGACAA